AUGUCAGAAGACCGAGGGCGCUUGACGAGUGUAUGCGCGCAGGUGGGAGGGAGGACGAGAAAGGCGAAGAAGAUUCAAGUGGGCGGGCCUUACAGGUUGUCGCCGUGGGGCCCGCUGACGAUUAAGUGGAAGUGCCCGCCGAUUGAAGUGGGCGACAAGCUGGUUUUUAAAUGGACACAGCGUUCUGAUAUCCAUCAGUUUAUCACUCAGUACACGGAUCCAGAUUCUUUCAGCCAACCCAAGUACUGGGCCCAGUGCAAGACCAGCAAGGCCGCUAAGACUCUCGCGAAAGCGUCGAAAUCGGGAAGCUACACCUACACUGUUUCAAAAGACGAUCAUUUCAAUCUCAUGUUCGCGAGCGGCGUGGGGAACAUGUGCAGGCGGGGGCAACGCUUUCAGUCGCCUGAGCCUCCCCGCGACUUGCUUGUUUCUUCUUUAUCGCUCGGGCCAUUUUGGGUUGGCUCACGCGCGGACUGCGGGGCGGUUGGCGCAGUGUGCGCGCAAGCAGCGGAAAACGGAGGUUUACCAGGCGCGGAUGCAGCGGAAACGGGCGCAAGUUGGUCGAAGGGACCCGCGGCAUUGGCCCAGGGGGAGCGGAGCCGGGCGGAAGCUUCGGGGCUGGAGGGGGAGGCGGACGAGGCGGAAGCUGGGGACGAUGAGCGGGAGGAGCCUGUUUCGAAGGAUGAGUCGCAGAGAGGGGAGGUGGUGGCGAUAGAGUUGGAGGACGAGAAGACGGACGGUACGAUAAACGACGACGAUGACGUGGAGCGAGUGCAGCCGUUGGAUGAGGGUUCGGUAGUCGCACGAGAAGGCAGCGACGGAUCUGCGAGCCAAUUGCAUUCGUCGGAUGCCGAAUUGAGAUCCCUCUGCGACAGCCGUUGA